GUGCCUGGCGAGGGGCAGGGGGGCUGUCAGGAUUGGGGAGCAGGGGGUGGCCCAGGCAGGGUAGCUGGCCACGUUGCACCCUCACCCCUCCAUGCCUGUACGGAGCAGGGUGGGGGCCGUGCCUGCAGGGUGGGGCUCCCAGGUCCCUGUCACCUGGAGACGCUGCCCUUCUCUCUGCAGUGACCCCGUGGGCCCCAGCCGUCCGCCAUGGGGCUCCUGUCGGACCCGUACCGCAGGCGGGCACUGUCCCGGCUCAUCCUCCGCCUCAACACCCCACUCUGCAUCCUCAGCUACCUGGCUGGGCUGGGCUGGUUCCUGGGCCUGGCCUCCCCGCCCUUUACUCUGCGCUCAUAUAUGUCGGAGAACGCCAUGGGCUCCACCAUGGUGGAGGAGCAGUUCGUGUUUGGCGAGAGGGCGCUCUCCUACGCCCGCGAGUUCGCUGGCCACAAGAAGAAAGGGGAUCCCUGUGGCCUGGCUGGAGAAGACCAUGUGGAAGCUGGGCCUGGAGGUUUAUAAGCAGCCCUUCUCCCGCACUCUGCCCUUCCCUGACGAGAAGCACGAAAGAUAUAUGGUGAAGGGCACAAAUGUGUAUGGGAUCCUGCGGGCGCCACGUGCGGCCAGCACUGAGUCCUUGGUCCUGAGCGUGCCCUGCAGUACAGGGCAGCACAACAGCCAGGCCGUGGGGCUCAUGCUGGCCUUGGCUUCCUACUUCCGGGGUCAGAUUUACUGGGCCAAGGACAUCAUCUUCCUGGUGAACGAGCACGACCUGAUUGGCAUGGAGGCCUGGCUGGAGGCCUACCAUGACGUCAACGUCACUGAGGUUCUCUCCUCGGGGAUGCUGGGCCGGGCCGGAGCCAUCCAGGCAGCUGUCUCGCUGGAGCUGAGCAGCGACGUCGUCACCAGCUUCGAUGUGGCAGUGGAGGGGCUGAACGGGCAGCUGCCCAACCUGGACCUGGUCAACCUCUUCUACGCCUUCUGCCAGAAGAACGGGCUGCUAUGCACCAUCCAGGGCAAGCUGCAGCGCACGGACUGGGACACGCUGCCGUCCUACGUGCACAGCCUGCAGACCCUGCUGCUCAUGGUGCUGAAGCAGGGCUCCGGCCGGCCACAGGGCGACCACGGCCUCUUCCUGCGCUACCACAUCGAGGCCAUCACCGUGCGCGGCAUCAACAGCUUCCGGCAGUACAAGUACGACAUGGGCACCGUGGGCAAGACGCUAGAGGGGAUGUUCCGCAAGCUGAACAACCUGCUGGAGCGCCUGCACCAGUCCUACUUCUUCUACCUGCUGCCCUCGCUCGCGCGCUUCGUCUCCAUCGGCGUCUACAUGCCGGCCUUCGGCUUCCUCAUCCUCAUCCUCGUGCUCAAGGCCCUUGACCUGUGGAUGAAGCUGAGUAAAUGUGAUGUGGGCCCUGAGGAGCAGCUCUGCGAUGGAGACCGGGGUGCUGCCCACGCUGCCGCUGAGGAGUCGCGUCCCGGCCUGCUCACCCUGGUGCCACCUCUGCUGAUCUGCCAUGCCACGGGCCUCACCCUCUACUUCCUGCCUGUGCUGGGCCAGCACGUGGCCACCCAGCACUUCCCCGUCUCGGAGUCAGAGGCUGUGGUGCUGACGGUCAUUGCCAUCUACGUAGCUGGACUGGCGCUGCCACACAACACACACAGGGUGCUGACUGGCUGUGGGAGUGAACGCGGCUGGAUGACCCUGAAGCUUCUCUCUCUGCUUUACCUGGCCAUGCUGCUGGGCUGCAUCGCCCUCAUUAACUUCUCCCUGGGCUUCCUGCUGGCUGUCACCAUGGUGCCCGUUGCAGCCAUUGUCCAGCCCAAAGGCCCCAAGUAUCUGUAUGCAGUGCUGCUGGUCCUGGUCACACCAGCUGUCACCCUCCUGCUCAGCAUCGUCCUGUACCAGGAGCUGAUCGAGUACCCCAUCUCGGCGCUGGAGUGCUGGCAGCUCUUCCUGCAGGCUGUGUCUGAGGGCCUGCUGGACCACUACCUCUACGGCUCCAUCGUCUUCCCCUUCAUCGCCCUCUUCGUCUACCCUUGCUGGCUGCUGCUCUGGAACGUGCUCUUCUGGAAGUAGCCGGGCCCCUCUGCCUCACCCCACAUCUCCUGGGAGCGGGGAGCGGCCCCGCCUGGCCACUGGAUCCCAGGAUCUGGGACCUGCCCUGGAGCCAUCCCAUGUUCUCAGGCUGGAGUCUUGGGCUGUUCUGGGGCCUGCAGCAGGAGUUAGUCCCCCUUCCUUGUGCUCAGUGGCCUCCUGGGGGAAGGUGGAGCCAUAAUGGUCCCAGAGCAGGAGGGUGGCCUGGGCUGCCCUCUGCCUGUGCUCCAUUGAACUCAGCUGUCCCUGGGCAUUGCCCGCUGGGACCUUUGCCUUAGGGGAGCACCUGCCAGCUGGUGCAGGGGAAGGGGGGCACAGGGCACUGGGUUGCCUGCAUGGGAGCAGGGAUGCUUUGGCCCUGCUUGUUCCCACAGCCAGAGGGCAGAUGGCAGGGAGGAGGCAGCAUGGCAGGGUACCACUGCAGACACCGGUCCCCUUGAGUCUGGGGGGGGGCAGAGGGUGCUUCCCGCUCUUCCUCAGGCAUGGGCUGGACAGGCCUCCCCCAGCACUGGGAGAGGAGGGGGGUGGGGCACGCUGGGUAACACACUCCUCCGCUGUAUACAGGUGGGCCAGGCCCCCAGCGGACUGGGCUGGGGGAAUGUAUAGGGGUUGGAAAGGCAAGUGCCUGCCGGGACUGUUCACUCACUCACUCAGGCCCGUCACCCCAAUCGGGGUAUGGGACGCCAACCACAGAUCUCCAGAGUCCUCUACCCUAGGC